AUGUACACAAUCAAUGAAAAUCCUGUCGAUCCGGUCCAAGUGACAAUAAAAGAAACAGUAUUCUCAGCGUCGCAGCAUGGCGGUGUGGCUGUACCGCCAUCACGUCCUCCGGUAUUCUCAGCGUCGCAGCAUGGCGGUGUGGCUGUACCGCCAUCACGUCCUCCUGUAAACUACUUCAUUCUACCCACCUUCAUCCUUCAUGUUGUUGGUCUUGCCUGUCUUUGGGCACUGUGGUAUUACCUCCGCUUGUGUUCAUUUGUCAUGUACACACAACAACUGCGUGUGGAUGCAGUAUUUCGGAAAAUUCCAGUAUUGUUAGCGUGA